AUGGUUUACUUUACUUCUUGGAUGUCUUCAGAUUGGGCGGCCUUCUUAAACGCACUUAGCUUGGCUGACUUGAUCACUGCAAUGCCAGCUUUUCUUGUUAUUUAUACUGUACUUCCCAGUGCUAUUUAUACAGCACGACAGAGAAAUAGUAAAGGAAAUUGGUAUAUUCCACCAGAACCCACAGAUGAAUCAUCAUCAAAGCAAGCAAAAAUGGAGCUUUGUUGA